AUGUUUAGACAGCACGAUCUGAAAAGUGAGAAGCGACGAGCUCAAAUGGGCGUAGCUAGGACAGCUCUUGAGAGGCAUACAAUGCUGCUGCUUACAUCAUCCAAAACGCUGCUGCGACAUCCAGAAUCAGAAUGUGCUCUUCAAUGCAGAGAUGGUGUUUUCGACCAGAUUCGUACCGCGCUGCAGCUUAUUGCAAUUUGCGUUAGCGAUGGGGUAAUUCCAAUAGAUGCAAAUCGCUUCGUCCAAACGACUAGCGAAGAGCCUCUUGAUAUUGGGAUACAACUUACCGCAAAUGCUGCAAUCAAACAGUUAACGGAAAUGCUUGAAAUGGUAAGAAUGACAUCGAGAGUAGGAGCUGGUGUGCGUGAACGGCUGAUUGGAGCUCUUGACGCAUUGUGCGAAAUGACACAGGAUUUUACCGACUCCGCUUACACGCCACAUCAUCAUCGAGAACAGAUUUUAGAUUUUUUGGAAGAAUGUAGGUUUGAGAUGACGAAUCUAAUCCAACCUGAGGAUGACUCUACUGAGCAGUUGAGAUCGGAUAGCAUUGAAGUUACCGUGGAACGUUUGAAUAGGAGAUUGAAAGAUCUAGGGAAACAACUUCAAAUUGUUGCAAUGGAGCAGGUACAAUUUUUUGCGCUUCUUCUGAAAAGUGCUAGUUUUUGUGCAACAUGUAGAAAUUCUGUAGUUAAGAUUUCUGAAGUUUUACGAGCCAAUGAGGAUCAGGUCUUGCUGUCAUCUAUAAAAGCAUGCGCAGUUGCGGGAGAUAUCGAUGGAGUCGAAAGAUACAUGGAGAAAUUCCGAGAACAUGCUGAGCAUAUGCAGGAGGUUUGCCGACUGCUACAUCACAUUUCACUCACUGAUGCUUUGCACGUCAAUACCGGUCAUUGCGAACGAAAUAUGCGGUCGCUAGCACCUUUGGCAAGUUUUACAUUCAUAAAAACCUUGCUUGCUGGGCGCACCCUAUGUCAGCAUCCAUCAAGUCGAAUAGCCCGAGAAAAUUUGGAAGUAUUUUGCGAUACCUGGAGUCAAACGGUGAAUGAUCUUUCGCGCCUCGCUAAAGAAUCGGAUUCUGCUGCCUGUGGUCGUGUAGCCGCAGAAAAGCAGGCUUACAUGUCUCUCCCACGCCCUGGGGUAAGCAGCACUGACUCGUCAUCUUCUAUUCCGCGAUUCAGAAGCGCACGUGAUUUACCUCUUCGAAUGCUCAAUAGAUCAUUCGAAUCGCAAACGAUAACACGUAUGAUUUGCGAUUCGGAUGACUCGGGCUCGAGCGCUUCCUUUGACAAUCGUGAAAAUCGCCGACAUAAGAAGGGAAUCAUGACCCAAGGUGGUGACGAACUCAGUUCUGCGGCGUCAGCAAAUAGCGAGGACCGAAAGGCUUUUGAGUACCGUAUCAGCCUAAUCCUUGACGACCUGCAUAACAAACAUGGUACAACUUCCAAACCUUCGAAGCCGAUCACACUUGAUAUUGAAGACCAGCAGAAGAUGGCUAAGGUUGGGCUGGAGAUGAAACUGCUAACAUCGGAAGUUGAUGCUGAGGCCGAAAAAUGGGACGAAUACGCCGAAAAUGACAUUGUGAAGAGGGCAAAA